UCUAUCGUCUAGUUUUUCUUAUAGUUGAUUUGUUUGUCGUUUGAAUAAAAAAAAAAGGGGGGUAGCAGUGGGCGGAGGAUUGUGGGAGAAGGUUGUACAGAGAAAAGGAAGGAGAAGAUGAUGCGCCGAUAUGAAGACGAUUACUUCGUUGGAAAAAUGCAUCGAUCGUUAAGACCGACGCUAUCUAUCCUUCUGUACAACCCUCAAAGGUUAACGACUCUCUUUCUACUAUAUCUUAAGGAUGCUUGUGGAGAUGGCGUUCGAUCAGCGUGGUCUGGAAAUUCGACGAGUCCGUGUGUCACUAGGUCGAGCUAAACGGGUACGCGCGUGCGCUUAUUCUCUCGCACCCCUCCAUCUGAUGAAUGCAGAGAGUAAGAGAAAGAGAUAGAGACAAAGAGAAAGAGAGAGAGAGAGAGAGAGAGAGGGAGAGAGAGAGAGAGAGAGAGAAAGGAAGAGAAAGGAAAGAGGGGAGGAAAGUAAAAGGAGAAAGCAAAGGUAGUGGUUCCAUGCCACGAACGGGGAUGCGAGCUGGUAUCCUCGAAAUUCGUGUCGUGACGAAAAAUUUCAUUCUCUCUCCUCGAUGAACCACGAGAGAAAGAAAGAGAGAGAGAGAGAGAGAGAGAGAGAAAGAGAGAGACAAAAAGAGAGAGAGAGAGAGAAAAAAAGAGAGGAAGAAAGACAGACAGAGAGAGAAAAAAUUUUUCUAAAUAAAAUCAAACGAUAAAUAACUCGUGUUCGUUAAAUUAAAAGAAAAAGUUAUAUGAGGUUUUAUGAGAGAAAAAAAAAGCCGCAAGAGUUCGACCGAUCGAAAAUAUCGAGGAAUUCUCGUCGCUGAUGCUGCGACGGUCCAGAAGGAAGAAACGUCGUUGAGAAUGCCUCCUAUCGGAUUACAGAAUCGCGUGUGUACUCGAAGGACCGUGAUCUUGAAGGUGUGCGAUAUAACGAUGUUCGCGUUGUGACGAGCCGUUUACGGGAAGUAUCCUUUUUCACGUGGAAAUUUGAUCUUGUUGGUGUAUACCCUGACCGUAAUUAUUACUACUACUACUUCUACUACUCCUACUACUAUUAUUAUUACUACUACUAUUACUAUUACUAUUACUAUUACUAUUACUACUAUUACUACUGUUGCUGUUGCUGCUACUGAUACCACUGCUUCUUCUUCUUCUUUUCCUUCUUGACACUCGUGAAUUAACAGCUUGCAGCGGUACCGAGAGUGAAUAUGUUGAGACACAAAGAUCUCGCCAGGAGAUGACAUUCUUUCCUGUGCUCUAACAUUUCUGAUUGGGUCGUCGACCAUCGGCAGAAUGCUGCCGCGUGGACUGCCAUUAACGUUUCUUCUUGUGCAAUUGUCUCAUCAUAUCGUUUGGGCUGCGUUGGAGAACACAAGAAUGUUUGACAAACUGGAAAAUGUCACGCAGACCAUAUCGAGAAUACUUGACGGCUAUGACAUUCGAUUGAGGCCGAAUUUUGGCGGAGAGCCACUAUUAGUUGGUAUGGAUUUAACUAUAGCGAGUUUCGAUGCUAUUUCGGAAGUCAAUAUGGAUUACACUAUAACAAUGUAUUUAAAUCAAUAUUGGAAAGACGAAAGACUCGCCUUUUCGCAAGAGGAGGAAAUCUUGACACUGAGUGGUGAUUUUGCAGAAAAGAUUUGGGUCCCGGAUACUUUCUUUGCCAACGAUAAGAACAGCUUUUUGCACGACGUAACUGAACGCAACAAACUCGUCAGACUCUCCGGCGACGGUUCCAUCACUUAUGGCAUGAGAUUCACAACGACAUUGGCCUGCAUGAUGGAUCUGCACUACUAUCCUCUCGAUUCGCAGAAUUGCACCGUAGAGAUCGAGAGCUACGGUUACACGGUACUCGACGUAGUAAUGUAUUGGAAAGAUACUCCUGUUCGAGGAGUGGAGGAAGCGGAAUUGCCGCAAUUUACAAUAAUCGGUUACGAAACGAACGACCGGAAAGAGAAAUUGGCUACCGGUAUUUAUCAAAGGUUAUCGCUCAGCUUUAAACUCCAACGGAAUAUCGGUUACUUCGUGUUCCAGACCUAUCUUCCGAGCAUACUCAUCGUAAUGCUCAGUUGGGUCAGCUUCUGGAUCAAUCACGAAGCGACCAGCGCGAGAGUGGCCUUGGGUAUCACGACUGUUCUCACGAUGACCACAAUUUCAACUGGUGUGAGAAGCUCCUUGCCACGAAUCAGUUAUGUCAAAGCUAUCGAUAUAUAUCUGGUGAUGUGUUUUGUUUUCGUUUUUGCUGCGUUACUAGAGUACGCGGCAGUCAAUUACACGUAUUGGGGUGCAAGAGCUAAAAAAAAAAGCAAAAAGAAGGAUAACGAGGAACAGAAAGUUCUUACUUCGAAAACUGGAAGCAAAGCUACCUCACCUUUUCCUGGUUCGACUGAUGCUGAUAUUAUAGAGCUGCAGGAUAUAAGAAUGUCGCCAUUGCCAAGCAUUAGAAAUAGAUCAGGUUUGAUCAGUGGUUCUUCGACACCUGGCCUUGGAAAACAUCAUGAUCCAGUCAAAUUUCCACCCAGUUUUCGUAUCUCAAGAACGGUCGCCUAUAAUACACAUGGUAGAAACAGUGGGCUCAGAUAUAGAGGGCCGAAACAAAAUAAACCUAAGGUACUACACGCUAUCCGUAGAGGUGCAUCGGUGUUACGCGUGUCCAUGCCAAAAAUCAAAGACGUUAACGUGAUCGACAAAUACUCGAGAAUCAUAUUUCCUGUCAGUUUCAUGCUGUUCAACGCGAUAUAUUGGAUCUUUUAUUUUGUAUGAAUGAUAUAAAGAAACGCAGAUAUAAAAAAAAACAAAUUGAAUUAUCACGAUUUCAUGUGUAUAUACAUACAGAGAGAACGAUAGAAAAGGAAAGAGAGAGAGGGAGAGAGAGAAAGAGAGAGAGAAGGAGAGAAUGUUUUAAGCGUUUAUAUGGGACAUUGUGAGAGAGACAGAGAUGAGAACUGUCUCGGUUUUAUGAGAGAAGCAAUAUAUUGGGAUCGAUUGAUCCGCUCUUCGUACUGAAACUAAUAAUUACUAUAACAGAAACAAAAAGGAAAAGAAGGAAAAAAAGAAAAGAAGAAAAAAGAAAAGGAAAGAAAAACAAAAAGAUUGAAAAAAUAUUUUACGAACGUUCGAGUGUCCUCAAUCGAAAGCUGCCAUAAUUACUUAUCAAGUUACGUAAGUGGUGUUAAAGACUUUGAUCGUAAAUAAAUAUUAUUAUAGCUAAAUUCUUAACUAUAAAAUCAUAUGAUCUUUCGAGAGAUAUUACGGAUGAAUGAGGAUACGAUAUUUAAACGUGAUUAUCAUUAUUAUCAUUAUUAUUAUCGUGAUACAAAUGAAUUAUUAAUUUUAAUCGGAGAAAAUUAUAACGUAAACAAGAAGAAUAUUCAAAUUAAGAGCAAAAGAAGAAAAAAAAAAAAAAAGAAAAAAGAUCCAAUAAAAAAUGAAUUUAGAGAUAUACAGAAGUUAUACAAUUCUUUACUGCCAAAUGAAAAUAUCCUUGAGAACGUUCUUACGUAGCAAUAAGAGAAAGAGAAAGAGAGAGAGAGAGAGAUAGAGAGAGAGAGAGUGAGAGAGAGAAAGAGAGAUGUAAUUAUCUAAUAUAAACAAAAAAUCUCUUCAUUCAUUUAAAAUUAUAUUGCGUUUAAAGACUAUCUCCGAUUGUAUAUGUACAUACGUAUGUAAGUAUAUAUAUUAUAUCUCUAAAAUAUUGUAUACGAUUGCAUUAUACACCUGCUAACGAGGAAAAACAUUCAUUACUUUUUAUUUCGUCGAGAUUAAAAUCGAUCAUAGUAUCUAAUGAUCUUUCGCAUUUUAUCUUAAUUUUACAAUCGCUUAGUCUCUAUGUAAAAUAUAAAUCGCUUAGUCUCUAUGUAAGAUAAAAAGAUAAAGAAAGCCAAAAAAAUAAUAAUACACAUACACACAUACAAACACAAAUUAUUCAUGGAAAGUGAUUCGUAGAAAGUAUUCCAAAUAGACUCUACGUAAGAAUGUAAAGACGUAAUGUACAUUAAGUAUUACAAGCCGAUCGUAUGAAUGAAAGAAUUAAUGAAAGAAAAUAUUAUUUUCAAUAAUUGUAUGAACGCGCUAAUUGCAUUUACAUGUUCGAACUUUUAUUACUAAUUUUAAACAAGAUAUAAUCAAAAACCGAGAUUGCAGAAAUGAAAAAAAUUUUCCAUUAUAUAUGAUUUGUAUUGUUGUUGAUAAUGCCAUCAUGAUGAUUAUCACGCGCAAUUAAAUUGUAUAAUCUGAUAUAUAUCGUCGCAACGUAUUAUUAGUACAUAACACUGAUUAUUAUUCAGUUAAUAAUUAAUCACUUAAUUAUAUUUUGAUUCAAUCUUUUCUUUCCUUUUUUUUUCCGUUUUUUUUUUGUUCGAAACAUAUAAUUCUAUUGUAAAAAAAAAAUGUACGAACAUUAUGUAGAUUUAAAUAAUCUCAUGCCUGUCUAUGUUUUAUCGCUCUAUGUAUGUUUUAUUGUUUUAUCUCGAUCGAAACGUAUUUAUAUAUUUUAACGUAUGACCAAAAAAAAACAAGUAAAGAAAACACGUUAUUUCCUUCUACCGUGACAAAUUCGGGGGACCUCUGAAUUAUAGAUUGUGAAUAAUGUAGUAUAAUAUUAUAUGAUGUAAGAUAUAUACAUAUAAAAAUGGAUAACAAUUGAAGCGGCACAAAUCUCUUAACCUGCAAAUAAAAAGAAAUCUUCUGUACAAAUUAUUUUCUUAUCUCUCAUUUAUUUAUAAAUUAAAUAUUAUUAUUAUUAUUAUUAUUAUUAUUAUUAUUAUUAUUAUAUGCUAAAAUAAUAUUAUUUAUGUUUCAACAAUAGUUCGAUUGAAUAGACAUAAUAUAUUCACAUAAAAGGCAAUGGAGAUUACUUAUUUAUUGUUAUUCAUAUUUAUUUAUAUCGUUGAUAACAACCAAUUCUAUUCCGCAUCUAGUUUCGUUACGAUGUGCUAUAUUCGUGUACGAAUAUAAACAAGUUUUUUCGAAACCACAAGAAUUAUGAAAAAAAAAAAAAAAAAAGAAAAAAAAAGAAAAAAUGUUUAAAUCGUUCUAUUUCUAUGUCAAUUAAUUUUAUCGUAUAGAUUAGUGUUAUUACGUAGAACAUUUUAUCUACGCGAGAUAUGAAUUAUAAAAAAUCUUACGGAAUCUUUUUAUGCAACAGCUAAUAUGACGUAAAACAUUUAAAUCUACAAUAUCUACAUAGAACUCCUUAGCACGGAAAACAACCAUCGAGGACGUAAUUUUAGCAUGGACACGAACCUUUUCAUUAGAUUAUAUAGAUCUAUUGAUAACCUUAAUCAACAAUGUUGUGUUUUGAUCUUUACAUAAAAAUUUUAAUCAGUUUUUUUUCUUUCUUUUUUUUUUUUUUUAAUGAAUUAAUAAGAAUAAUUUUCUUGUUUUUUUUUUCUUUUCUUUCUUUCUUUCUUUUUUUUUUUGCAUUUACAUUUUAAAGUAAGAAAAAAAACCUCAAUUUUAAUGUCUACAAACUUUUAAUAAAAACAGCCUCUUUUUUACCAUCAUGUUAUCAUACGAACAACUGGAGAGCAAAACUCCCUUUGUGAUGUCACAUAUAGGCGUGCUCUCUCGUAACAUGAUAAUUUUUACGUUAAGAAUGUGAUAGUGAUAUGUACACUAUUUUCGUAUUAGAUCGAAGAACGUCAUGAAGUGUUUUGAUAAUCAAUUCGACGACCUUGGACUAAACUGACCAAUUGAAAAUGAAGCUCAUUUAUAAUACGAUAAACAGAUUUUAUUUCAUUCUGCGACAAAUCUCAAAGCAAGUGUGACAUUUUGUUCGAACGAUCGAGCUAUUCUACAUCUCAUAUAUUCUCACGUUUGUAUAAUAUAUUCGUAUUUACCAUUCCUUUUAAAUAAAAGUCUUUUUUUCUUUC